AGUCUGAGCCUGAACCCGCGCCCGUGUCAAAGCCUGAGCCAGAACCAGUGCUUGUGCCGGUGCCAGAGCCUGAGACUGAACCAAUGCCCGUGCCAGAGCUUGAGCCUGACCCAAACAUCCUCACCUUCAAAGUUGCCGCGAGGGACUUCUACUCCUCGUGUUCCGACAUCCCUGGCACCCCUGACCCCGGAUCCCCGGACGCCAUUACCACUCGUGCUGGCUACCUGGCAGCAGAAGAAGCGGGUCCGGGUAUCCAAGAAGGAAAUCCUGAGUACCGCUGGACAGAUGAGGGGGAGAGGGGGUUGGCUGACCUCAUCAAGGAAUACCCCCAGCUGUAUGACAAGAAGCAAAAGGAGUGGCUUAACGUGGCGACCAAGAACAGCCUGUGGAACCGAGUCGGAGAGCAGCUGAAUCCCCCUGCCACUGGUCCCCAAUGCAAGAAGCACUACGAGAACAUGCGCACCAGGGUGGGGAAGAUCUUGAAGAAGGAGAAGAAGAGUGGGGCAAGCCAGCCUGAGAGGAGUGCCCGUGACGACGAGAUCAUGGAGACUUGGAGUUUCUUAACACAGCACAUCGUUCGGGGAAAGACAGUCCCCAGUGAGCAGUUUGCUGUCCCCGAGUCAGCCACAGUGACGAGCAGCGACGAUGAGGAUAAUGAUGUCCAGUCUACAGGGUCCCAGAGCCAGGCAUCUACUACAACAGGCAAGGGCAAGGGGAAGCGGUCCAGGCCCCCAACAACAGAGACAGCCACCACAACCGCCGUCACUACCACCACAUCGGGGGUCACCCACAUUGACCUCAGUGAAGCUGUCAGGCAGAUCCUCUCCAAAGCAGACUCCCAGGGCGCCAGCCACUCCUACACCGGCCACCAGAAGAUCGUCCAUGAUUUCGUGUGCCUGCUGGAAGGGCACAUGCAGGGCAUCCCGGAGGAAUCCUGGCACGAGUUCCAGAUUGACUGCCUCAACCUGGUCCACCGUUACAGGCAGCGGCGUCCGCUCUUCCAGCAAUCACAGCAACAACCACCCAUGAUCUGGCAAGGCCCACAGCAGCAGCAACCCUGGCAGCCCCUUCAGCAGCAGCAGUUCUGGCACCCCCCUCAACCGGCCACCUGGCAGGCACCGCCACAGCAGCAGCAGCAGCAGCAACCUCCAGCAAGUCAGCCAGCACCUCAACCCUUGUUGCCGCCCCAGCCACCACUGGCCUCCCAGUCUUCAGGCCAGUCGUCCUGGACACGGACCACUGAGUGGGAACCACGGAUGCCACCUGCCCCGUCAGCGACUCUUGUCCAGUCGCCAUCACCAACCCCUUUAGUGUCGCCGUCAGUCAUCUUAAAGACACCUGUGACAUCACCCAGCUUCCCGGGCCUGACCCCAGGGUCGGUAGGCAGCAUCCUAGAGAGGAGUUCACCUCAACCCCCUUCACCUCCAAGGACCUUAACACCCCGAAAGUCCACCGUGUAUCCCCAGGCAGCGGUCCCAGCAUCAGCAAGGACACUGAGUGAGACACUUUGAAAAUGUUGUUUGUUGUUUUCAUGUUAAUAAAGUUGACUACUUUAAAACACUUGUUUUCAUUUUCACAUUAAAAUAAAGUU